AUGGAUAGAAGUUGGAUGUCAAUUCGAGAUAGAACUGCUGAAGACUAUGUAAAUGGAGUUGAAACUUUUUUAAAUUUUGCAAUCGAAAAUGCUCCUCCGGAUAGUGACGGCUUAAUCUCAUGUCCAUGCAAGAAGUGUGUUAACUUUAAGAAAAUGUCUCUUGCUGAUGUAAGAGGACAUUUAUUUUUUAAUGGGAUAAAUCCAAACUAUAAAGAAUGGAGUUGGCAUGGGGAAUAUGUACCUAGUCAGACUCCACAUUCUCGUAAGAAUGUUCGAUAUUCAAAUGAGAAUGAAAUUGAUGAUUACCCUUUAGAAAUGGUGGAAGAUGCAUUUGAUAAUGAUUUUCUAGAACGUCCUGAUGAAUUUGCCAAAAUUUUAGAGGAUGCAGAGAAACCAAUCUAUCCUGGUUCAAAAUUCUCAAAACUUUCUACAUUAGUAAAGUUGUAUAAUAUGAAGGCACGACAUGGAUGGAGUGAUGUUGGUUUUUCUGAUUUGAUUGCUUUUUUCAAAGAAGUCAUGCCGGAAGAAAAUGAAAUUCCAAUAUCUUUGUACGAGGCAAAGAAAACCUUAUCAACAUUGGGAAUGGAGUAUGAAAAAAUACAUGCAUGUUCAAAUGACUGUAUUUUAUAUCGUAAGGAAUUUGCUGAAGCAAAUAAUUGUCCGGUGUGUAAGCGUUCAAGAUGGAAAUUGAAAAACAAUUCUAACGAGGUGCGAAGUGGUAUUCCAGCUAAGGUGUUAUGGUAUAUUCCUCCUAUCCCGCGAUUUAAGCGUUUGUUUAGAAACUAUAAUCACGCUAAAAAUUUGAUUUGGCAUGAGGAAGGCAGGAUAAAAGAUGGUAAACUACGACAUGUGGCUGAUUCACCGGCAUGGAGAAAUGUUGAUGAUAAAUGGGAGAAAAUAAAAAAGGAUCCUAGAAACCUUCGGCUAGGCCUUUCUGCCGAUGGCAUAAACCCACAUAGUUCUCUUAGUAGUUCAUAUAGUUGUUGGCCAAUCGUUCUCGUUGUUUAUAAUCUUCCUCCAUUAUUGGUUAUGAAAAGAAGAUAUACAAUGCUCACUCUAUUGAUAUCAGGACCUACACAACCUGGAAAUGAUAUAGACGUAUUCUUGGCUCCAUUAAUUGAUGAUUUAAAAAUAUUGUGGAAUGGAGUAGAAGGUUGUUAUGAUAGGUACAAGGACGAGUAUUUUACAUUAAGAGCGGUCCUAUUAUUUACUAUCAAUGACUAUCCGGCUCUAUGUAAUUUGGCUGGAUGCACUGGCAAAGGCUAUAAAGGGUGUGUAGUAUGCGGUGACCAUACCUAUUCGAGAUGGUUGUACAAAUCUAAGAAAGCAUGUUAUAUGGGGCACAGACGAUAUCUCAAACUUAAUCAUCCUUAUCGCAAAUACAAAAACUCUUUUGAUGGUCGAGAAGUGCUUGACUUGCCUCCUGAACCAUUGAGUGGAGAGCUCAUAUUUGAAAAAGUUCAAGACAUCAAUAUUCAAUUUGGAAAACCAGAUAGAGAAAAAAAGGAAAUCACUAAAGUUGGCAAGGGUAGAGGACAACAAAAUGACAAAGAGAGAGGAAAACGCAAGCGCAAAACGAAAGAGAAAAACACGGAGAAAGGCAAAGUGAUAAACGAUGACUUGAAUUCAUCAUCUUGGAAAAAAAAAGUCCAUCUUUUUUGA